ACACGUUAUUUUAUGAUAAGGGUAGAUUAACUUUGCUUUUGACCUGAAAUAUUUAUAAAAACGAAUUGCUAAAUCAGGUCAAUGAUUUUUGUGCUUGAAAUUUCAAAAUAACAUUGUGUAACUAAUAAGAUAAAGUGCGUGUGUUUACUUUGGUUUUCAUUUCGAGCUAAUGCUUGGUUUUGACCAGAUCAGAUAUAAAAAGUAAACAAGUAAAAUACAAUAAUAUCGAUGAAUUGAUGUGACCAAAUUAAAAUGAAACUCAGGAUAAUACUUGUGGUGACCGUUCUCUUUGCAGAAACUGAUGCAAGCUGUGGUGGAUGGCGUUCCUGUAGCAGUUCCUGUGGCGGAGGACAGCACGAAAGGACCUGUGAUAGUGGACUGUUCGGCUGGGGCUCGGAAACCCAGUCCGAGGCUUGCAACGAGUUCUGUUACAAUGGCGGUUACUACAGCUACUCCAGGUGCUCAUGCCAUCCUUGGCGAAGCGGAAGUUGUUGUGAAUACUGCAACCAUAUUUCUAUUGCCCAUUGCGUGCCCGGGCGUCAAGAGUGCGGUGGCAGCCCAGACGGCAUCCGGUGUACAGAGUGCGACUCGCCCUACCAGCCGGCUGGCUUCAAUAACGGAUGCGUGCGUAUACCAUGCAGUGACAGAAAUGGUCUAUGCGACCACAUUUGCAGCACAGUUUCCGGCGUUGCCCAAUGCGCGUGUAACACGGGCUAUCGACUUGCCUCGAAUGGCUAUUCGUGUACAGACAUCGACGAAUGUAUAGAAGGGACGUCAGGGUGUGAACACAACUGCACCAACAACCACGGAUCAUAUGUGUGUAGUUGCUCUUCUGGAUUUACACUAGAGGCAGAUAACCAUAGCUGCAAUGUUGAGCCAUGCACGUUUGAUCCUCACACGCAGUGUAUCUGGAAAGAUGCCCCGUCUGGGGACGACUUUGACUGGACAAUGACCAGUGGUGAAACACCAAGCUCUGGGACAGGGCCGUCCAUGGAUCACACCAUGAAAAACAAUUAUGGUAAAUACCUGUACAUUGAAACCAGCGGCUCCCGGAAGACAGGCGACAGAGCCUGGUUAGUAAGUCCCCUACUACUUCCGGUAUCGCACCCGGAACGCUGCCUGCAGUUCUGGUACAAUAUGAACGGUCCUACCAUCGGAUUUCUGAGCGUCUUCAAGACGAGAAAUGGCGAUGCGCCCGGAACCAAGAUAUGGGGAAUGUCCGGUGAUCAGGGACCAGAGUGGAAAGUUGCCUCUGUCACCGUGGCGUCAGCUGACCAGUACCAGUUGAUCAUUGAAGCGGUCGCCGGCAGCAGUUAUUUUGGAGAUAUUGCCAUUGACGAUAUCACGAUGUCGCCAAAUCCGUGCAAGCAAGAACCGAAUCUUGUAAAUUGAUACGCAUCUUUGUAUAUAAAACUGAUACGAAUUAAAUGAACAUGAAGUCUUGUGCUUGGAAUUACAUACAUUUGUUGAAUUAUAGCUAUGGACGUCUGAAUAUAUACCUAAAUGUUGUUAAGUUUCAUAAAUAAAUAUUCACUUAUUACGGAGGUACAGCCAAAAACACAAACACAUUCAACCAGAUCCGGAGGACUACACAGAAACUAUUGCCGUCUGUUUGGGUCAAAAGUGCAAAUACCUAUGACAUGGACGUGGCCUCAGAAACAUAUUUGGAGCCGCGGCUGUACAUUUAUCGAUAAGGUUAUUAUUAUAAAUGGCGUAGCGGAAAUAACUUGUAACCGCGGUAUAUUUUUGAAUGCUCCCCAUAUAUAUAUAUAUAUAUAUAUAUAUAUAUAUAUAUAUAUAUAUAUAUAUAUAUAUAUAUAUAUAUAUAUAUAUAUAUAUAUAUAUAUAUAUAUUUGGCAUGUAUGUACCUUGCAUGGACCUCUACCAAUUUUGUUACAGUUUUUCAUAGCACCUUCAAUAUUUUUCCGAUCUCUUACAUAUUUGGCAUGUAGGUACCUUUCAUGGACCUCUACCUUUUGAUGAUAUUUGAGCUCACUGGGGUCAAGGUCAAGGUCACUGAGGUUAAUAAUAGAUUUUUCCGUCACAAUUUUGUUACAGUUCCUCAUAGCAACUUCAAUAUUUUUCCGAUCUCUUACAUAUUUGGCAUGUAGGUACCUUUCAUGGACCUCUACCUUUUGAUGAGGUUUUAGGUCACUGGGGUCAAAGUCAAGGCCACCGAGGCUGAUAAUAGAUUUUUCCGUAACAAUUUUGUUACAGUCAAUCAUAGCGCCUUCAAUAUUUUACUGAUUCCUUACAUAUUUGGCAUGUAGGUACCUUGCAUAGACCUCUACCUUUUGAUGAGGGUUGAGGUCACUGGAGUCAAGGUUAAGGUCACCGAGGCUAAUAAUAGAUUUUCUCAAGGUCACACUUUGGUUACUGUUUCUCAUAGCGCCUUCAAUAUUUGAUCGAUCUCUUAUAUAUUUGGGAUGCAGGUACCUUGCAUGGACAUCUACCUUUUUUAUGAGAUACUGAGGUUAAGGUCACUGAGGCUGAUACAAGAUUUUCUUAAGGUCACACUUUUUUCCACACAAUUAAACCGUAUAUCGACAAAGCAUCAAUGGGGAGCAUCCAUCAGUUUUACUGAUAUCUUUGUUUUUGCUUGCCGUUACAUUUAUUUCCGUGGGUUAGAAACUUACCAAUCAUCGUUCGUGUAAAAAAACAUAUUUGGUGACAGUUUAGUAUUAUUGAAUAUAUAGUUAUGUGUAUUUUAUAUAUCACAAUACAUAAAAUUUUAACUAUAUCGUAUCUGAAAAUUAAUUAUAUUAGCUA